AUGAGGCUCUCCCUGGGAUCGCCAUGUACACUCCCUUCAACAUCCUCAUCAACACACUCGAGAAUACAGUGUUGUACCCUCACUCACACUCAACCCAUAAGGCUCAAUAGGAAGCAGCCUUUAGAAAACCAACCUCUGAAGAAAUGGGAACGUCUACUGCACCCAGUUGAUAGCGCCGACUCAAUGCCGUCAUGGUUCCCCGCCCACAGACCUGUUAAACUAGGCGAUAGAUGGAUGGAAUAUCAAGGUGUCAGGAACUGGGAAGGCUUGCUGGACCCGCUGGAUGAUAAUUUACGUGGAGAGAUUCUUCGAUAUGGAGAUUUUGUUGAAGCCGCAUACAAGUCUUUCGACUUUGAUACUUCUUCACCCACCUACGCCACCUGUCGAUUCCCCAAAAACACAUUGCUGGAGAGGUCCGGUUUGCCUGAAACUGGUUACCGGCUAACCAAACAUCUCCGUGCUACGUCUGGUAUCCAACUACCACAUUGGAUAGAAAAAGCGCCAAGCUGGGUGGCUACUCAGUCUAGUUGGAUAGGCUACGUGGCCGUGUGUCAGGACAAGGAUGAGAUUGCGAGACUAGGACGAAGGGACGUGGUAAUAGCUUUUAGAGGCACUGCAACUUGCCUAGAGUGGCUGGAAAAUCUACGCGCCACCUUGUCUCACCUCCCAAAAGUAGACUCUGACAAAGGUCCUAAAAGGCACGGACCCAUGGUGGAAAGUGGAUUUUGGAGCCUUUACACUUCUGGAACCACAAUGGGCCCAAGCCUGCAAGAAAUGGUCCGUGAAGAGAUCGAAAGACUUCUUAAAUCCUACGGCGACGAGCCUCUUAGCUUGACAAUCACAGGCCACAGCCUGGGCGCUGCCCUCGCUAUUCUCUCCGCCUAUGACAUCAAAACAACCUUCAAAUAUGCCCCAAUAGUGACCGUCAUCUCCUUCGGUGGUCCACGUGUAGGAAACCGCAGUUUUCGCCAACAUCUAGAAAAACAAGGCACAAAAGUUCUACGCAUAGUUAACUCGGAUGAUCUAAUAACAAAAGUACCUGGGUUUGUAAUCGACGGAGACAAUGAGGUAGCAAAUAAUAAAGAGAAUUUGAACGUUGCUGGCCUCGCUAGCUGGAUCCAAAAACGGGUGGAGGAAACCCAGUUGGCUUAUGCAGAAGUUGGGAGAGAGCUCAAACUCAGUAGCAAGGACUCUCCCUACCUAAAUAGCGUCAAUUUUGCUACUUGUCACGAGUUGAAAACGUACCUGCACUUGGUGAAUGGAUUUGUGAGUUCCUCUUGUCCGUUCAGAGCCACGGCCGAGAGGGUUCUUAGUUACCACAAUAGAUAA